GUGUCUGCGCGAAGUGGGUAUAAAAGCCACCGGGAGAUCCCGUUCUAAAUCAGUCAGGAUCGGUUCUUCAAUCGCUCAACAGGAUCAGUCAAGAUGCGUGCUUUCGUGAUUUUGUCCGCAUGUCUGGCGGUAGCUUCCGCUCAGUACUACCAGGCCGGAAACAGCUUCUCUGGAGCUUCCGCCGGUAGUCGAGCUGUAUCCGUGGAUUUCUCACCGGCAGCCUAUGACCAGACCGUGGUGAUUGGAGGAUCCUCGGGUGGAUUCGGUUCGGCGGGCGCUUCUUCCGGAUCCUUCGGCGGUAAUGUAGGUUUCGGUGGUGGUCGCAGCGGUGCUGGAUCUUUCGGAGGUGCUGGUGCUAGCUCAUUCGGUGGUGCUGGAGCUGGUGCAUUCGGUGGCGCCGGAGCUGGAUCUUUCGGUGGUGCCCGUUCCGCUGGUUUCGGAGGUGCUGGAUUCGGAGGUUCUGGAGCAGGUUUCGGUGGAGCCGGAGCUGGUGCUUUCGGCUCUGCUAGUGCUGGAGCUGGUGCUGGUGCUGGAUUCGGUGGUGCCUCUGCUUCUGCUGGAGCUGGUGCUGGAGUUCGUUAUGUCGUCAAGCCUGAGGUCGUCAAGAAGCACUUCUACUACCACGUUGCCCCUGAAGCUCAGGCCGAUGCCGAAGCUGAAGCCCGCGUUGAAAUCCAACCCCAGACCCACUACAAGGUGCUGUUCAUCAAGGCCCCGUCUGUUUCCGCCGCCGCCGCUGCCCGUUCCGCCGCUCGUACCCGCACCCAGGAGAAGACCAUUGUCUACGUUUUGGUCAACAAACCAGAAGCUGGAGCCAAAUCUGCCGCCGAUGCUGCCGUCGAUACCUAUGCCAGUGCCAAGCCUGAAGUCUACUUCAUCAAAUACCAGGGACAGAAUGCUGGAGCUGGAGCUGGAGCUGGAGCCAGUGCCUCUGCCGGAGCCUCUGCUGGAGCCGGAGCUGGUGCCUUCGGAGGUGCUUUCGGUGGAGCAUCUGCUGAUACCUUCGGUGGAGCCGCUGGAUUCGGUGGAGCUUCAGGAUUCGGAGGAGCCUCAGGAUUCGGUGGUGGCAACUCUGGAGCUACUGCCUACAGCAGCGGAGCUUCCGGAUUCGGUGGUGGUGCCGGCGGAGCUUCUGGAUUCGGUGGUGUCGGCGGAGCUUCUGGAUUCGGUGGUGCCGGAGCAAGCAGUUUUGGCAGUGCUGGUGCUUCUGGUUUUGGCUCUUCGUCUGCCUCGGCCGGAUCGAACUCUUUCAGCCGUUCCAUCAACGCCGGAAGUGGAGGAACCGUCUUCGGAAGCACCCCCACAUUCGUCAGCACUACUGCUUCGCCAAUCUUCUAAAGGAUUGAUCAAGUCAGCUCAAUGCCAAACGGACGGAUGCCAAACGCUUUGAACAUGUGAUAAACGAGACCCGGUUGAAUGGUGUGGAUUACGAUGAUUAGAAAAAUUAGGAUUUAGCUAAGAUAAAGUAGAUUUAUUUUCACUUACGAUGGAACGCCAAGCGAUGAAGAUUACAGUGUUCAUUGAAAUCUUGCCAAGAUGUCAACUUUGUGCAAUACAAUGAAAUCAAUUGUUAAAAUCAAAA